CGUGACAGUGAAGAUGAUCAGCACAAGACCAUCGAGUCCAACAAUUACCAUUCUAGACACGCCAGUCACACCCUUCACAAUUCAAUUUAAAGCAUUUUUACAAGGCCUCAUGACAAGAGGGAUCAUUUGUAUAAACUGGCCUGAAAGGGGAGCGUCCAUUCAGACGAUCAACUCACUCUUCCUUUAUCCAGACUGAGAGAAACCUGCUCUUCUUUUUUUGACAAUGAGGACUCUGCUGCUGGCCUCUGUUCUCUUUGCAGGGCUGAUGUUUUCAUCAGCUGUCCCUCUUUCUCUUCCUAUUCCUUACCAUGCUUUCUGCAGAGUCAUGUGGUGAGUCAUUUAAUAUCCUUUUUGUAUCUGAAUAUGAGAUCAGGAUGUAUUUCUUCAUCAGAAAUGAUCUAUGCGCCGUAAUUUCAAUCACACCUUGGGACAUUUUACUCUGAAUUAUGAAUGUUUAAUCCUGAGCGUGCUCAAACUUCAUUAUUUCUUUUCUUCAAGGCUCUUUGCAGUACCCUGCGAUGAAGUCAGCAUGAAAGUGGCUCAACAGAUUCAAGCUUUCUACCCUGGGUAUAAGGUGAGUUAGAUUCACCUGGAUAUGAAAAUGAUACAGAAAGAAGAAAAUGCAAGACUACAAAUAAUAUGAAUUAAUUCAGUCUAACAGUGUGUUACUCUCUGAUCCAGCUGGUGUCGGCCUCUGCUAUGAUCAUCAGAGCCAACCACACUUCCCUGGACGGCCUCCAGGCUGAGAACAUCACCUUCACAUUCAACCCGACCGUGGAGACGGGGGGCUGCCGUGCAGGUGUAAGUACAACUCUGGACCCCUUUAAGUACAGUGAUACCUGUCUCUUCUCUAGUGUAAUCUAGCUAUUUUUACCCCCUGUGUACAAAAAUUCUUAUAGAUUUACUUUUUAACUUACAGGACACUGGGAGUGAGAGUAAAUGUCAUCCUAUCUGACUAAAACUGGUCCUCAAAAAGCUCCUAUCUCCCUUAUCGUUAGAGCAGAUGAUGAGUCAAAAACAAAGGAUAUGCUUAUAAUCUUAGGUGGAAAUCUCACACAUAUGUCUCUUUAAUUACAGGUUAGUCUUGGGACAAAGUCUAACUGUCAAAGUAAUUGUGGAGCUGUAUGAAAAGCACGGCAUCAGCGCUCUUUUACAUGUUUUAUCGAGCUUCUGUUGAGUCUGAUCUGUCCUUUUUUUUCCAGUGUCAUGGUUUGGUCACUAAUCUUUAAAAAGGACACAUUGUUAAAUGAUCGAGUCGGCUAAUUGGUAUGACGCAGCCUUACCAAGCAUCCCUGAAGCGGACGGCUGCCUUUUUAUUUUAAGUAAUGACUCUCAAUCUGAGCAGAGUGAAUUUCAUCUGCAUUAAGAUUUUUAAUUCUAAGGUGUAGAACAAAGAGAUGUAAAAAUAGCUUUGUUCCAGUUGCGAUCACUGGGCUGAACGACAGAAAAACUUCAUCAGCACUUUUUAUUUCAGUUUAUUCUUAGUUUUACUUUGGUCUUAUUUCAGAGGUUGUCUAUUUAUUGAUUGGGGUGAUAUUCAUUUGCUGCUUUUAUUCUACCACUCUUAAAUCUGUUUUUUAAAGCUCCUAUGAGCUGUAUUUUUGAUGUCUAUGAAAUACACUGAAUUUAUAUGUUUGCCUUUUCAUGAUAUCUGGAAGCUAACAAAGCCAUCAGGGACAAGAUUGACAAUUUUUAUAUCAUUAUUUUUAAUUCCUGAAAUCAGUGCGAGGGGGUAGGUGUCAGCAAAAGACAAAUGUUAUUAAAUAUUAACAAUAAAUGAUGCAUUUGACCAUUAAAAGUCAGCAGUAGGAUAUUUUUCAAAGGACACUUUUUGGGCAUGUAAAAGUAAAGACUGUUUUGGCCACAGGGGGCACCAAAGUUAACAUUAACAAUAAAUCUUUAGAAAAGAAAAGCUUUAAUGACUAAUAAGAGUCCCAAUUCUCCCAAUUUUCACAAAAUAACAAGUUUUCUUUAAUCCAUUUAUUUUAAGAGAGAAUUUUGAUGAUGAACAUGAAGAAAAAUAUCAUCAGGGAUUAUAAGACACCAAAAGAGUGCUGUUAAUGAAGUAUGAGUUUACAUUCUAGCCAGCUAUUUCUUGUGAAUGAGCUGAAAAAACCACAAAACCAAGUGAAUAGUAACUCUUUAAAUAAAUUCCUACCAAUGACAGAAUUAUAAAUCAUUGUUUUAUUCUUCUGUUUUCUUCCCUAACAGGGUCAGUCUGUCUCUCUUGGAUUCACCAGCCUUCUUGAUAACGGACUCAACUACUGCAACCUCUACAACCUGUUGUCAGGUGAGCUCAGGCAUCAGGAUCACUCAUCUGUCCUUUCUCGUCCUCAAUAAUAGAGCCACAGCUAUCAAUUUUAAAUCAUACAGAUAGAUAUUAUUUUAGUUUAUACAUCUCAGGAUCUAAUAACAAACUUCAUGAACAAAUUUCACUGAUCUGUGUGUCUGAACUUUUUUUGAUUUCAGUGAGUGGACUCACAUCAUCACUCGGUUUCAUGGAGAUCACCAAUGAGUGGGCCUGCCUGGGCUACGGACAGAACACCUGUAAAGCUUCACCAGCUUUAAUUUUUAAAUAAUGUGACCAAACAACGGCUUUCAUACAUAAUUUGUCUCAGACUCAUGUAUGCUUUCUUAAUAACAAUAAAAAAUUGUCAGUUAUGUGUUUUCCCUGCAUGCUCGUGUUUAAUCCCUGAGAUGUUCAUGUGAUCUGUGAGACUGUCCCCUUACUGGUCCUCUCUCCUGAUGGUUAAAACAUGAACUUUUACAAUGUGAUCGACAGUAAACUACAGAUUAAUACAUCAGUUUGGUCAUUUUUCUUCAGUGUAAAUUCACUUUGGUCCGGCUUUAGGUCAUAUUUAAGCUCUUGUGUUCACUGACAAAGCAACGAGGGACAGGAUCUGAUGAUGUGUGUCUACUCAGAGAUAACAUGAGAUUAGAGGACUCUUGAUAGACCAGCAUGUCAUUGUAUUAAAGUGAAACAAUUCAGAGGACGCUCUGCAAACUCCUCCCUGUCUGCUCUCUGACGUGAGACUGUGAAAGCUUGAGCGGUCAGAUGACAUUUGUGGAAGAAAUUUUUUUAAAACAUUCGGUGAGUUAGAGUGAUGUGUUUUGGAG